CACAGCCUCCAGCUCUCCUCGUUACCUUCCGUCGAUGAUCCUCAUCUUCCCCGACUUGCGACAAAGCCGAGCUCGUGGGUACUCUUGCUCGGUUUACACAACCACUUGCCAGUUAAUUACAUCCAGAUCCUGACUCAGUCGUCCAUCGGGAGUAUUCUCCUGCUAACCAGUCGGAUUGUCGGCAACCGCUCCUCCGUUGUGUUCCGCACCUAAGAUUGUCAGACAGUCAUCAACCAGAACGUAUCGGUGCCGCAUUUAAAUCUUGAUUCCCGGGACCGCCUUUUCCUGCGAUAUUGUCGAAGCGAUGGUCAUUCGAACAUAUUGCUGAUGAGCUCCAUGAUUGAGGGCAGUGAUGACCGGGCACGAGAGGAUGAGCUCGACUUGGGGGAAGAGGACGAGGGAGAUGUUCAGCCAAAGACUAACGGUGCCUCUGUCGAUGGGGUGUCACCUGAGGGGUAUGGGGAGGGCUCAAUGGCAUACAUCGAAGAGGAUCUCCCCGAUGUAGCUAGCCCAAACCAUUCGUUCGAUAGAAGGAACACCCAACUUGACGCCGGUACGGGCAAUAUACCAUUGUCGCCCCAUAUCAGACAGCUUGGUACUCCCGGAAGCGUCGACGAGACAGCUUCCACUCCGGAUGAUACUCCUUCUUUGCAUGUGUGUUGCGACUGCUGUUUUCAGCCUUGCUAUCCGCUGAUAACUUUAGGAUUCUCUUUUGUCAUCGCAAAGUAGCAAUGCUUUGGUCCUUCGAAGCUCGUCUCGUGCUAGUCCAAGCCCGUCGCAUCGUCCCUUCGAUCUCCGCUUCCAGUCUCGCCUUUCGUCUCCGUCUUUGAGCGGGGCUCGACCGUCCUCGCCGUUUUUCGCUCACAUUCACUCCCGACAGUCGUCGCUUACGAGCCGCCUCACUCCGGGUACCGUGGAUUCCGAUGCUGAGACUCCCCUAGGCCCUUGGGAUGUCAUGCGGUGGACUAAGUUAAGAAAAAUAACUGGCCAGGCAUUUUCGGAGGUCGGUAAACGUAAUUUUGGCUAUCCCACAUGUUUGGCGGUCUCUACGACCAUAGUGAUUGGAACGUCCAAGGGAAUUAUCCUGGUGUUUGACUAUCAACAAAGUCUCAAAGCGAUCAUUGGACAGGGGACUAAGGCUACCGAAUGUGGAGCAAUCACGUCGUUGGCACUAUCCGCGGACCACACGACGGUUGCCGGG